CCAGUCCCGGGAAAGCCCCGGCGACGCGACUGAGAGCCUGAGCCGGGUCCCUUGGAGCCGCCAGGGCGCGCCGGGCUGCUUGCUUUGCAGCCCCUCCCGGCAGGGAUCCCCCGCCGCCGGCGGCCGGGACUCCGGGCCUCUCCCGCGCUGGGCGACCCGUGCUCCGCGUCGGGGUUUUCCUGGUUGCUCGGUUCCGCGUGAAGCGCCCCCUCCUCUGUCCCCUCGCCCUGGCCUCAGCCCCGCUCCCUCCCAGUCCUCGCGCUCCAGAUGCGCUGCCCCGCAGCCCCCUGACAGCUGCGAGUCCACGAGCCCCUGCAGGCGGGCGACUGAGGUGGCGGCGGACUGACAUGCCCCGGACGCGGUUGCGGCCGGCGGGCAGCCCGCGGGGGCGAUGAGCCGCUGCGGCCCGUAAGGAGCCCGGUGGCGGGGGCAUCGCGCAUCUUCCUUACCCUCUUCGCUUGCCCACUUGUCUCUAGAGGCCGAGAGGAAACGGUCUCUGGCCUGUCAGGAGGACCAUUGGUGCUGCGGCGGAAGCUAGCAUCUAAGUCUCGUGUAUGGCGUGGUUAAGGUUGCAGCCUCUCACCUCUGCCUUCCUCCAUUUUGGGCUAGUUACUUUUAUGCUCUUCCUGAAUGGUCUUCGGGCAGAGGCAGGUGGCUCAGGAGAUGUGCCCAGCACAGGGCAGAACAAUGAGUCCUGUUCAGGGUCGUCGGACUGCAAGGAAGGCGUCAUCCUCCCAAUCUGGUAUCCAGAGAACCCUUCCCUCGGGGACAAGAUCGCCAGGGUCAUUGUCUAUUUCGUGGCCCUGAUAUACAUGUUCCUGGGGGUGUCCAUCAUUGCCGACCGCUUCAUGGCAUCCAUUGAAGUCAUCACCUCCCAAGAGAGGGAGGUGACCAUUAAAAAGCCCAACGGGGAGACCAGCACGACUACCAUCCGGGUCUGGAAUGAAACUGUCUCCAACCUGACCCUUAUGGCCCUCGGUUCUUCUGCCCCUGAGAUUCUCCUCUCUUUAAUUGAGGUGUGUGGCCACGGGUUCAUUGCUGGUGAUCUGGGACCUUCUACCAUUGUAGGCAGUGCGGCCUUCAACAUGUUCAUCAUCAUUGGCAUCUGCGUCUACGUGAUCCCCGACGGAGAGACACGCAAGAUCAAGCACCUGAGGGUCUUCUUUGUCACUGCUGCCUGGAGUAUCUUUGCCUACAUCUGGCUCUAUAUGAUCCUGGCCGUCUUCUCUCCUGGUGUGGUCCAGGUUUGGGAAGGCCUCCUCACCCUCUUCUUCUUUCCAGUCUGUGUCCUUCUGGCCUGGGUGGCAGACAAACGACUGCUUUUCUAUAAAUAUAUGCACAAAAAGUACCGCACGGAUAAACACCGAGGAAUUAUCAUAGAGACGGAGGGUGACCACCCCAAGGGCAUUGAAAUGGAUGGGAAAAUGAUGAAUUCCCACUUCUUAGAUGGGAACCUGGUGCCCCUGGAAGGGAAGGAAGUGGAUGAGUCCCGCCGGGAGAUGAUCCGGAUUCUCAAGGAUCUGAAACAGAAACACCCAGAGAAGGACUUAGACCAGCUGGUGGAGAUGGCCAAUUACUACGCUCUUUCCCACCAACAGAAGAGCCGCGCCUUCUACCGGAUCCAAGCCACCCGCAUGAUGACCGGUGCAGGCAACAUCCUGAAGAAACACGCCGCAGAGCAGGCCAAGAAGAGCUCCAGCAUGAGCGAGGUGCACACCGAGGAGCCCGAGGACUUGGUCUCCAAGGUCUUCUUCGACCCCUGUUCCUACCAGUGCCUGGAGAACUGUGGGGCCGUGCUCCUGACGGUGGUCAGGAAAGGAGGAGACAUGUCCAAGACCAUGUAUGUGGACUACAAAACCGAGGACGGCUCUGCCAACGCGGGGGCUGACUACGAGUUCACAGAGGGCACUGUGGUUCUGAAACCAGGAGAGACCCAAAAGGAGUUCUCCGUGGGCAUCAUUGACGAUGACAUUUUUGAGGAGGAUGAACACUUCUUUGUGAGGCUGAGCAAUGUCCGCCUCGAAGAGGAGCAGCCCGAGGAGGGGAUGCCGCCGCCGGCCAUCCUCAACAGUCUUCCCCUGCCUCGGGCUGUCCUAGCGUCCCCUUGUGUGGCCACGGUCACCAUCUUAGACGAUGAUCAUGCGGGCAUCUUCACUUUUGAAUGUGAUACCAUUCAUGUCAGUGAAAGUAUUGGUGUUAUGGAAGUCAAGGUUCUGCGGACAUCAGGGGCCCGGGGCACAGUCAUCGUCCCUUUUAGGACAGUAGAAGGGACGGCCAAGGGUGGUGGUGAGGACUUUGAAGACACGUAUGGGGAGCUGGAAUUCAAGAAUGAUGAGACAGUGAAAACCAUAAGGGUUAAAAUAGUAGAUGAGGAGGAAUACGAAAGGCAAGAGAAUUUCUUCAUUGCCCUUGGUGAACCGAAAUGGAUGGAACGUGGAAUAUCAGAGGUGACAGACAGGAAGCUGACUAUGGAGGAAGAGGAAGCCAAGAGGAUAGCAGAGAUGGGAAAGCCAAUAUUGGGUGAACACCCCAAACUAGAGGUCAUCAUUGAAGAGUCCUAUGAGUUCAAGACUACAGUGGACAAACUGAUCAGGAAGACAAACCUGGCCUUGGUUGUGGGGACCCACUCCUGGAGGGACCAGUUCAUGGAGGCCAUCACUGUCAGUGCAGCAGGGGAUGAGGAUGAGGAUGAGUCAGGGGAGGAGAGGCUGCCAUCCUGCUUUGACUACGUCAUGCACUUCCUGACGGUCUUCUGGAAGGUGCUGUUUGCCUGCGUGCCCCCCACGGAGUACUGCCACGGCUGGGCCUGCUUCGUGGUCUCCAUCCUCAUCAUCGGCAUGCUCACCGCCAUCAUCGGGGACCUGGCCUCCCACUUUGGCUGCACAAUUGGUCUCAAGGAUUCAGUCACAGCUGUUGUUUUUGUGGCAUUUGGUACCUCUGUGCCAGAUACAUUUGCCAGCAAAGCCGCCGCCCUCCAGGAUGUGUACGCAGACGCCUCCAUCGGCAACGUUACUGGCAGCAACGCCGUCAAUGUCUUCCUGGGUAUUGGCCUGGCCUGGUCCGUGGCCGCCAUCUACUGGGCCCUGCAGGGACAGGAGUUCCACGUGUCCGCAGGCACACUGGCCUUCUCCGUCACCCUUUUCACCAUCUUUGCAUUUGUCUGCAUCAGUGUGCUCUUGUACCGACGGCGGCCCCACCUGGGUGGGGAGCUCGGUGGCCCCCGCGGCUGCAAGCUGGCCACGACGUGGCUCUUUGUGAGCCUGUGGCUCCUCUACAUACUCUUUGCCACACUGGAGGCCUACUGCUACAUCAAGGGGUUCUGAGCGCCAGAACCAGGCCUCCGGCAGGGCAGGCCAAGAACUUUCUUCCAAGAGAAGGGCACUUUCCCAACAGUGACCUUCCCAGGCUGAGCAGCUCUGCGGAGGCAGCAUCCGGGCCGAGCCCCAGGAACCUCACCUGACCUAGGCCCUGGCCACACUCUGAAAGGGCCAAGUCUUCAUCAGAUAGAACGGAGGAGACACCCACUUUCCAAAGUAUUUCAUUAAAUACAAACCAACAACAGCAACAGAUCCACCUCUGUCUUCUCACUCCUACUCCUGUCCCUGACCCAACAAAGGGCAGACCCUGUGUCCUUCUAGUCCACCUUCGGAUUAUUCCUUUGCCUCGAGUUUCUUUGAGGACAGGGUUUCUCCUGUCUCUCCACUGGGAUGUGUCACGAUUCUCCCAUCCAGCUGGUGAGGCGCGAACAGGAACCAAACCACGCGGCUGGUCUGGGUUCUCUUUUCAUCCCAAUCAUUAGGGUGGUUGUUUUCAUUUCUCCCAUCGGGCUUUGCUGGUUGUUUUGUCUUUGUCUCUUCUUUCUGAAGUUAGUGACAAAGUGCCGUGAAAGAAUCCCAGGUCCAAGGCGACAGAUGGAGGCAUGAAUUUUCAGAAACGCACCUCCCACUUUCACAGGGUCACAGAGGUCCAGCAAGGUCCUGUCUCCCAUCUCUUUUUUUUUUCCUCCGUGUUGUUUGGAGGACUGGGUGGCGUUUGAGCGGAAAUGAGCUCUCACACCCACGUGGAAAGCGGGUGGAGCUUUCUUUGCUUGCGUGGAAAUCAAAUCCAAACCCAAAAGCAAUUGUCCUCUUCCCUGUUCACGUCUCUCCGGUUCUAUAUGUCACUGUGUCCGUGUCUGUAUGUGGAUCCUCCUGCAAGAAAAUCCACCGAGGGGGUGAUGGGACAAAAAUAGAAACCGUACAUAAUGACAAAGGGCAGCUGAGGAGACAAAAGGGGCACAUGCCUUCUGGAACAUCUCUGACUUUGUAUCUGAAGCAGGAGAGAAGAGGUGUCCGACCCAAUGAGAUCUUUAAAGAAAAAGACGAUAUUUAAAAUGUCAGCCUUCUGAGAAAUGUGGGCUACACCAGCCCCUCACCUCCUAAUGGGCCAUACAUAGAGAGCUGCCUAAAUUUCUUCAAGUGAUGCAAGUUUGAGGGUUAUAAGACAGCAAGGGGCUCCUUCCACCUCUCCUGGCCCUCGAGCCACAUUUGAAAAUUUUUGCACAGGAUGGGAACUGGAAUUCCUCAUUUCUCCCAUGUUCCUGCUUGUUUUGAAAACCUCAUGAAGCUUUUUUUCCAGCCUGUGAGGUAUUUCUUGCCCCCCCUAAGAGAGUCUCAGUCUCUCUAAUCCCGUGGAGCCUGAGAGGGUAGAAAAAAAGAGAUGGACAUGCCCCAAGGAACUUUUCCUGAUGACUUUUGAGAGGACCUGGCUUUACAAACACACACACACACACACCAGUGAACACACAGACAUCACCACAGAACUGCCCACGGAUCUUUAGGCUUUCUGCAUUGACAUAAAUACAUUUUCUAAAGGGGGAGGGAUAAAUUAAAAAAAAAAAAACACCUGUUUAAUUUUAAACACUUUUUUUAAGAAAAAAAAAUAACUGAAAAAGAAACAGUGCUCAUGUCAUAAGCUAUGUUGACAGUUGCCAGUGGAAAUGUUGGGUUGGUUUUAAAAAAAAAAAAAAAAGAAAUAAAAGCUCUACUUAUAUCUCUA